AUGGAGUUAGAAAAAGUUCACGUGGUUUUGUUCCCGUACAUGUCCAAAGGGCACAUGAUUCCUAUGCUCCAACUAGCCCGUCUCCUCCUUUCCCACUCCUUCGCCGGCGGCGACAUCUCCGUCACUCUCUUUACCACUCCUUUAAACCGUCCUUUCGUCGCCGCCUCACUCGCAGGCACCAAAGCGACCAUCAUUGACAUUCCUUUCCCCAAGAACGUCAAGGAGAUUCCACCCGGCGUCGAGUGCACCGACAAACUGCCUAUGUCCUCCCUCUUCGUUCCUUUCACAAGAGCCACCAAGUUAAUGCAGUCCGACUUCGAGCGAGAGCUCAUGUCACUUCCACGCGUCAGCUUCAUGGUCUCAGACGGUUUCUUGUGGUGGACGCUAGAGUCAGCUCAAAAGCUAGGGUUUCCUCGGCUUGUUUUCUUUGGUAUGAAUUGCGCUUCCACAUCUAUAUUGGACAGUGUUUUUCAGAACCAGCUUCUAUCUAAAUCUAAGGUUAAGUCCGAGACAGAGCCGGUCUCUGUGCCGGAGUUCCCGUGGAUUAAGGUUAGAAGAUGCGAUUUCGUUAAAGACAUGAUUGAUCCGAAAUCCACCACAGAUCCUGGAUUUAACCUUAUCCUAGAUCAAGUCACAGCUAUGAAUCAGAGUCAAGGUAUCGUGUUCAACACGUUCGACGACAUCGAGCCCGUGUUUAUAGAUUACUACAAACGUAAACGCGAGCUCAAGCCCUGGACACUUGGACCGCUUUGUUUUGCAAGUAACUCCUUGGAGGAUGGAGUAGAAGAGAAGGUGAAAUCUGUUUGGAUGAAAUGGCUAGAUGAAAAGCAAGACAGAGGAAGCUGUGUUCUCUACGUGGCUUUCGGGUCACAAGCUGAGAUCUCGAGAGAACAGCUAGAGGAGAUUGCGUUAGGGUUGGAAGAAUCAAAAGUAAACUUUCUGUGGGUGGUGAAAGGAAAUGGAAUAGUGAAAGGGUUCGAAGAGAGGGUAGGAGAGAGAGGAAUGGUGGUGAGGGACGAAUGGGUUGAUCAGAGGAAGAUAUUGGAUCACGAGAGUGUUAAAGGGUUCUUAAGCCAUUGUGGUUGGAAUUCUCUGAUGGAGAGCAUUUGCUCGAAGGUUCCAAUCUUGGCGUUUCCGGUAGCGGCGGAGCAACCGUUGAAUGCCAUUUUGGUGGUGGAAGAGUUGAGAGUGGCGGAGAGAGUUGUGGCGACGGCGAGUGAUGGGAUUGUGAGGAGAGAUGAGAUUGUAAAGAAAGUGAAGGUGUUGAUGGAGGGAGAGAAAGGGAAAGAGCUGAGGAAGAAUGUGGAAGCUUAUGGUAAGAUGGCGAAGAAGGCUUUGGAGGAAGGUAUUGGCUCGUCUUGGAAGAAUUUAGACAACCUUAUCAACGAGUUUUGUAACCAUGGAACAUGA